AUGGAGAUUAAGAGGGUCGAAGGUGGUAGUGGAAAGCGUUAUCGGUAUUUAGAGGGAAGGUGUAAGGUGGUGUUUGGUGGUUUAACAUGUGAGGUUGACGGUGAUUUUUGGUGGUGUAAUAAAGUUGAAGGAAGUUGUGGUUAUCGGCUGAACAUGGAUGGACAGAUGGUGAAGGUGGUUUUAACCAUCGAGGUUGUGGUGGCAGCAGGUGGUGAAGGUGGUAUCAAAGCUGGUUUAAAGCUUCAGCGAUGGAAGGUGGUGAUUGGAAAGAUGAUGAAUAGUUGGUGGUAUAAGGUGGUUAUCGUCGGUGGUGGUGAUAAGGUGGAGUUUGGUAGCAUUUGGUGGUGUUUGAUGGUAGUUGAUAAGCAGAAGUGUUUUACAAGUACAAUAAAAAAAAUUAUAUCUGCUCAAAAAAAAUCUCCUUCCCCGCAACCUACAUCGUCACCGCUAUUUAGCAGUGUUGGUUCCGGUUCCAACUAUUCCGACGGUUCAAACCCACUUCUACCUUCCCCGGGUAUGUCACCGGGUUUCUCAAAAAGCACAUUCACAUAUAAAGAAUUAGCGAUGGUGAUAGAUGAGUUUUCAAAAGCCAAUUUUCUUGGAAAAAGUGGUUUUGGGAGCUCAAAGAUUAGUUGUGGAGUAGACGUGGGCGUUAUAGGGGCCGGAGGUGAAGAAGCUACCGGAGAAGAAGAAACAGGGGUGACGCGUCUGCAGCGAAAAAAAAGGUUUAAUAAAGAGUGGUGUUGCUCCUGA